AUGGAAAAGCAGUUUGAGUGUAAUGCCUGUGGCAAGUUACUCAAUUCAAAGCCACGCCUUCAGAGGCACCUGACAUCCACAGCAGCGAGAUAUCCUUUAAAUGUAAUAAAAAGAACAUUCAAAAUGCUGUGGAACCUAAGUAAACAUCAGAAAACUCAUCCAGAGAGAAAAGUCUAUAAGUGUGGUGAGUGUGGAAAAGCCUACAGGCAGAAGACCAACCUCGUUCAACAUCAGAGAAGUCACACCAAAGAGAAACCCUCUAGAGGCCAAGCUUGUGGGAAAGCCUUCUCCUGGGUGUCAUCUUACAGCCAUCACCAGAAAAUCCACAAGGACAAGAAAGUCUACAAGUGUGAUGAGCGUGACAAGUCCUUCCAACAGAACUCAGCCUUUAGUCAAGAGAGCACUCACAGGAAGCACUCACAGGAGCAGAAGCCUCACAGAUGUAAGGACUGUGUGGAAUCUUUCAUUUGCACGUCUGCUCUUGAACACCAGAGAACACACACAGGAGAGAAACCCUACAAAUGUGGGCUGUGUGAAAAGGCUUUUGCCCAGGAAGCAAAUGUCAUCGCAGAGAAGAUCCAUGCUGGGGUGAGGACUUACGAGUGUCCUCUCAGUGACAGGGCUUUUGUCCAGAAGGAAAAGCUUACUCAACAUAAAAUCCACACUGGAGAAAAAUCAUAUGAAUGGACUAGAUGUGAGAAAACCUUCUCUCUGAAGUCAAACCUUCGAAUUCAUCAGAAAAUUCACAGUGGAGAAGGAGCCCAUGCAUGUAACGAAUGUGGGAAACCCUUCAGCUGCAAAGAACACCUUGAUUUUCAUAAAAAGCUCCACACUGGGCAAAAACCUUAUAAAUGCUCUGAGUGUGGAAAAGCCUUUGCUGACAAGUCUUGUCUUGAUGGACACCAGAAAAGAAUUCACACUAGUUGA